CGUAGAGCAUAGUGGGUAUUCAUCAUGGCGCCGAAGAUUUUGUUUUGACAGGAGCUGCCGCAAAAAAGUGCGGAAAUAUCCUAAAAUCGACGAGUUAUCAUGGGGAAGAGGGACAAGUCAGGUAAAGAGUCAGGGAAAAGGUCCAAGAAGCGGAAGCACCAGUCAGAUUCGGAGGACGACUAUGAAGACUCGCGGGACUCGGAGCUGAGCGGAGGGGGGGCAGAGGUCGCUGCCAUAGCAACCAGACAGACAGACGAGAGUACAGGAGACACAGAUGAGUACGGGGCCAAGGACUACAGGAAGAUCGUGGAGCUAAAGUCUGACCACGCCUCCAGACCUCUCUGGGUGGCUCCAAAUGGGCACAUCUUUUUGGAGGCAUUUUCUCCUGUAUACAAACACGCACAUGACUUCCUCAUAGCCAUCUCAGAACCUGUGUGCAGGCCAGAACACAUCCAUGAGUACAAACUGACAGCCUACUCCCUGUAUGCAGCCGUCUCUGUGGGUCUUCAGACUGAUGACAUCAUUGAGUACCUGAAACGUCUGAGUAAAACAACAGUUCCUUCUGGCAUUGAGGAGUUCAUCAAGCUCUGUACAGUCAGCUAUGGGAAGGUGAAGCUGGUGUUGAAGCACAACAGAUACUUUGUGGAGAGUUCCUUUCCUGAUGUUCUGCAGACGUUACUGAAGGACAGUACCAUCCAGGAGUGCAGACUGAGACAUUCCAUAGAGGAGGGUGUGGAAGGGGUUGAGGAGGAUCUCAUUGUGGGACAGCUGUCAGGAAAGUCUGCUUUUCAGGUGAAGAAGCCCCCACAGGCAGGCCAGAAUGGGGCCAACGAUGCCUCUGCUUCAGGAUCUGCAGAGGAUGGUGAGAAGGAGAAGUCAGCAGUACCCGAGGACAUCUUUGACUACUACGAGAAGAUUGACAGGGAAGACGAAGAGGCAGAGGAACAACAGAUCCUCUCUUUCGAGGUUAAUCCUGAUAGGCUGGAGCACUUGCAGAAAAGAUGUAUAGAGAUGGAGUACCCACUGUUAGCUGAGUAUGACUUUAGGAACGACACACGGAACCCAGACAUCCCCAUAGACCUGAAGCCUAACACCAUACUCAGACCUUAUCAGGAAAAGAGCCUGCGUAAAAUGUUUGGAAAUGGCAGAGCGAGAUCAGGGGUUAUUGUGCUACCAUGUGGUGCUGGGAAGACCCUUGUUGGCGUGACAGCAGCUUGCACGGUGAGGAAGCGGUGCAUUGUGCUGUGCACGUCGGCUGUGUCUGUGGAACAGUGGAAGUCUCAGUUUAAACUGUGGGCCAACAUUGAUGACAGCACCAUCUGUAGAUUCACCGCUGAUGCCAAGGACAAACCCAUAGGUUGUAAUGUUGCGAUCAGUACCUACUCCAUGAUCGCUCACACAACAAAGCGUUCGUACGAGUCAGAAAAAGUCAUGGAGUGGUUACAGGGACAGGAAUGGGGCCUCAUGCUACUGGAUGAGGUACACACCAUCCCAGCAAAACAGUUCCGUCGUGUACUGAUGGUUAUCCAGGCCCAUUGCAAGCUGGGAUUGACGGCCACCUUGGUUCGAGAGGACGACAAGAUCGCCGACCUGAACUUCCUGAUUGGUCCCAAGCUUUACGAGGCCAACUGGAUGGAACUGCAGAAUAACAACUUCAUCGCACGUGUGCAGUGUGCUGAGGUGUGGUGCCCUAUGACCCCGGAGUUCUAUCGUGAAUACCUCGCCAUCCAGACCAAGAAGCGCACCCUGCUCUACACCAUGAACCCAAACAAGUUCCGAGCCUGCCAGUUCUUGGUGCGCUUUCACGAGAGACGUAAUGACAAGGUGAUUGUUUUCUCGGACAAUGUCUUUGCUCUGAAGGAGUAUGCCAAGCGGAUGGGGAAACCGUUCAUCUACGGUCCUACCUCCCAGGGAGAGAGGAUGCACGUUCUGCAGAACUUCCAACACAACCCAAAAGUCAACACUAUCUUCAUCUCAAAGGUUGGUGAUACAUCCUUUGAUUUGCCGGAGGCAAAUGUGCUAAUUCAGGUGUCCUCCCACGGGGGGUCACGCCGACAGGAGGCACAGCGACUGGGGAGAAUCCUCAGGGCCAAGAAAGGGUCAGUAGCAGAAGAGUACAAUGCCUUUUUCUACACCCUGGUGUCCCAGGACACUAUGGAGAUGACCUACUCACAGAAGAGACAGAGUUUCCUCAUCAACCAAGGUUACAGCUUCAAGGUCAUCACUAAACUGGCUGGCAUGGACGAGGAGGACCUAGCCUUCAGUAAUAAGAAGGAACAGCGGGAGUUGUUACAGCGAGUCUUGGCAGCUUCAGAUGCUGAUGCUGAGGAGGAGGUGGUACCGGGAGAGUCCAAGGGGUCGGGCCAGGUGACGCGGAAGGUAGGCAGCAUGGCAUCCAUGUCAGGAGCAGAUGACACUAUCUAUAUGGAGUACAAAACUGGGCCCAGGAAGACACACACACAUCCACUGUUCAAGAAGUUCCGCACUUGACAGCCAUAUUCUAUUGUUGCAGAGUACUUCGCACUGGGAUUAAAGCACACUGGUGUAAAGUCCUAGUCUUUUUUGUUUAUUUAUGUUACGUUUUUGGAGAAGCUUUACCAUGCUGCACAUCGUAUUCACAUUGAUUGUCUGGAAAUACAACUACCCCCAAAUAACCUUAGCUGGGGCAAAGAAAAUUUCUGCUUUUACAAAAAGGAAAUGGCCUGAGCUCUUAUUUCUUGAUUGCUUGUUUCCUGCAUUGUCCAAGUUAUUCUUGGUGAGUUAAAUCUCCUUUAAAUACUGAGAUAACAUUUAAAAUUAACCAUUUAGCACUCUUAACCUUCUCAUUCAGUGUAAUCAUACCUCAGAUAGGAUGUAACGUUACCAAUUCAAAAUUUACAGAUUAAAAACAAUGCAGUAGUUUACCAGAAGGGAGUACAAUACC